GAGGGGCUAUGACCUCCUGCGAUUUCGAUGCUAUGGCUCCUUUGAUACAACCCAGGAUUGAAUUAGCCUUUUUGGCCACCGCAUCACACUGACUGCUCAUAUUUAGUUUACAGUCCACUCUUUCCCCAAGAUCCCUUUCACAUAGACUACUGCCCAGAAGUGUAUCCCCCAUCCAGUAUUUGUGCUUCCCAUUUUUGUGGCCCAGAUGUAAUACUGUGCACUUGUCUUUGUUGAAUUGCAUCCUAUUCGCAGCUGCCCACUUCUCCAGAGUAUUCAGGUCUUGUUGAAUUUUAAUUCUAUCUUCUUGGGUGUUUGCUGCUCCUCCCAAAUAGACUUCAGUAAUAUUAUUUCUCUGAGCAAAAUACUAGCCAAGAGUUACAUUCUAGCAAGUAACUCAAGCUGAAUAAUUGUUAGAUACGUUUUUUUCCUUUUGAAGAAACUGUACCUUGUAGAUCAGUUUAAAUUCCGAGAAUCACUUUCUUCAAAGACAAUUUAAUUGUACGUCAUGUUUGAAUGUGCUGAUGGGAUAUGUGCUGGGCCAUGCCUUGGAGAUGUGCUCUUAAAACUUGUUUAUGUUUAUAGAAAGCAAAAUUUAUGUUAGGUAGUUCCAAUUAUCAGUGGGUCGUGCUCGCUUCUGUAAAUAUCCGCUUGUAGGAGUGGUCCUUCCUGUGAACUGGAGCACUCAUUUUUCCCAUUUCAUGGAAGAGAGCAGGCAGUCUUGUGCCGGGCUGGCUGUUCCAUGACAUGCUGCUUAUGUGAACAUUCUGUGGUUAAAAAUAAGUCAAGUCUCAUUGAUCAGAACUCUCUCAUAGCUUGCGCUUACAAAUGCAAGACACAGAAUUGUUACUAUUCACAACAAUUAUGUCCCACUGUGGUGGCUAGCAACAAAUACAGCAUAAUGAAAUACAUCGCAAAACCUUUUUUAAAGCUAAAAUACAUGUGUAAAACAGAAGGCAGCAAAUUAAAACACAAGGCAGGAAGGAGGGAACACCAGACAGAACAAAAGUUUUAGCUUAUUGGCAGAAGAGUGAUAGAAUGGGACACGCGUAUCACUGGGGAAUGAGUUCUAUAAAAAUGUGAUCUAGAUAAAAUAUAUCUGGCAUUUCAUCAGCCUUUGACAAGAUUACCACUGUUACUGAAAGCAACCCAGCUGGUUUUGGGCACGCCACUUCUAACUCAUGUGGUUCUCCAGGCGUGUGCCAAAAAGACCACAACGUUGCGGCUUGUCUCCAAGAAAACAACCCAUUCCUAUUUCAUAAAGAAGAGGAAAAGCUGCUGGUACUUACUGCACCAGAAUCAUGUCUGUUCGGGAGUCCUUUAAUCCAGAAAGUUAUGAACUUGAUAAGAGCUUUCGGCUAACCAGAUUUACUGAACUGAAAGGGACCGGCUGUAAAGUGCCUCAGGAUGUCUUACAGAAACUGCUUGAGUCUUUACAAGAAAAUCACUUCCAAGAAGAUGAACAGUUUUUGGGAGCUGUUAUGCCAAGAUUGGGAAUUGGAAUGGACACUUGUGUUAUUCCCUUAAGACACGGAGGCCUGUCUCUGGUCCAGACAACCGAUUACAUUUAUCCUAUUGUGGAUGAUCCUUAUAUGAUGGGACGCAUAGCAUGUGCCAAUGUUCUAAGUGAUCUUUAUGCUAUGGGAGUCACAGAAUGUGAUAACAUGUUGAUGCUUCUUGGGAUCAGUAAUAAAAUGACAGACAGGGAAAGGGACAAAGUGAUGCCUCUUGUUAUACAGGGUUUCAAAGAUGCAGCGGAAGAGGCAGGAACGUCAGUGACUGGUGGUCAAACGGUGCUCAACCCUUGGAUCGUUUUAGGAGGAGUGGCUACGACAGUCUGUCAGCCUAAUGAAUUUAUAAUGCCUGAUAAUGCUGUACCAGGAGAUGUGCUUGUGUUAACAAAGCCUUUGGGAACACAAGUGGCUGUAGCUGUUCACCAGUGGUUAGAUAUUCCAGAAAAAUGGAAUAAAAUCAAAUUGGUUGUCACACAAGAAGAUGUGGAACUAGCAUAUCAAGAAGCAAUGAUGAACAUGGCACGGCUCAAUAGAACAGCUGCAGGGCUCAUGCACACGUUCAAUGCACAUGCAGCUACAGACAUUACCGGCUUUGGAAUCCUGGGACAUGCACAAAAUCUAGCCAAACAGCAGCGCAAUGAAGUGUCUUUCGUUAUACAUAACCUUCCCGUUCUUGCCAAAAUGGCUGCAGUUAGCAAAGCAUGUGGCAAUAUGUUUGGCCUCAUGCAUGGGACGUGUCCUGAGACUUCAGGGGGCCUCCUUAUCUGUUUACCACGUGAACAAGCAGCACGCUUCUGUGCUGAAAUCAAGUCUCCAAAAUAUGGUGAAGGACACCAAGCGUGGAUCAUUGGGAUUGUAGAAAAGGGCAAUCGUACUGCCAGAAUUAUAGACAAACCACGAAUAAUUGAAGUUGCACCACAAGUCGCCACUCAGAAUGUGAACCCAACGCCUGGCGCAACUUCUUAAUCUAGACAAAAUAGCUAUUUUUUUUUUGUUUUUUUAAAUAGAUCUCCUUUAUCAUCUUACAGCCUAAAGAACUGUAAAACGAGAAGAAGAAACACAUUGUGUCUGCAAAUCUGGUGGCCUUAGGUCAGUUUGAGUGGAUGCAUUUAAUAAAAUAAAACCCAUUGCCUUUUUUUCCUGUUACAUUAACUGAAGAUGCAUCUAAUCUUGAGGCAGCUUCUGAGUUGAGAAUUAUAUUGUUAUCCAAUGCUGUUGAUUCAUUUUGAAUCUUUAGACACUUAUCUCUUGCCGCAUAGGCUCUUUUUAAAAAGGUGCUUUCACAUAGCACAGACAUUACUGGUAGUGGUAUCGAAAUAGUUUUGUCCUUUUCCAUUAUAUGUAUAUUUAUCAUUAGGUCUAAUUUUGGAUGCCUUGAAUGAAAUUCCAGAUAGGCAAUAAAUUUGAUACAUGCUGCACAAUGGUUUUUAUCUAGUAGCAAAGAGGGUUGCACAAUUAACAUUCAAUCUUUGAUUUGUAAAAUUUAGUUUUAUGAGCAUCGACAACCCUGGACCUUUUUGGUAGUACAUUCUGUUUCAAACAAGCAAGUACUGACUUUGCAUGGAAAACACUUCCGAGCUGAAGGAAAAAUAAUUUUGUUCUUUGUAGAUCAGACAAUAUUUACUUGUAUUAUCAAUAAUUUUUUCUUUAUUGAUGGUAUAAAAAUGAUGCUCAGUUUUGCAACGUGAUUGGAUGUGCUGUAGAGCAACAUGGUAUUGCCGACCAAAAGGAGGUUAUUGUAUAAUCAUUUGAAUUCACUAUAUAAUUAACUACAUAAAUAAUUUUUAAAUAUAACCAAUUAAAAAAAACCUGUUCUGUGAAUGGUAGUGUUUAAUACAUUUUAUAUUUUGUAUAGUGAUUAUAAAUCUUUGUUUUCUUAAAAUCAGCAGCUGUCUAGUAUAAUGCUUAGUGUUUUUGGGUUUUGCUCAAAAUUAAUUUUUGUGCACGCUUUUGUGAUGUGUUUAAAAAAAUCUACUUUGCCAACAUUGCAGCCUGAAUUUAAGCUUAAUUAUUUGAAUAAAUAUUUAAUUUUUUA